AUGGAAGAAAACAUUCAAGGCGACAUUGUCCAAAAAGACCCGAUCGAGUCGGAAAAAUGCUUGACGGCGUCAGACUACAACUCUCAGCGGCGGCUUCUGGACUCAGACGUGAUCAUCACGUCAAAAAGCUCAAAAGAAUCCAAAUCGCCCGCGGCGCGUGAAACAUGGGGCAAAAGCAUCGAUUUCAUUCUCUCGGUGGCAGGUGGCUUCAUCGGACUUGGAAACGUUUGGCGCUUUCCAUAUCUUUGCUACAGAAACGGCGGUGGUGCUUUUCUCAUUCCCUACUUUAUCUUUUUGAUCAUCGCCGGAAUUCCUAUUUUCUUUCUUGAAGUUGGAAUCGGCCAGUUUACUUCCGAAGGCGGAAUCACUGCUUGGGAGCGUCUUGCGCCGAUCACUUCUGGAAUCGGCCACGGCUCAAUCGCCCUCACGAUCAUUUUGAACAUGUACUACGUCAUCGUGCUCGCCUGGGCAAUCUACUACAUGUACUACUCCUUUCAAAGCGAACUGCCGUGGACACAAUGCGGCGACUGGGCGACCAACUGCUGCCGCGUCGAGGACAAAAAUCUGACGGGCGCGUGUGUUCGAGAUCCGGCGAAAUUUCCGACGGAAAAUAAUGUCACUUGGAAUUUGAAUUGGACGUCGCCGACUCAAGAAUUUUGGGAAAACAAAGUGCUAAAAGUGUCCAACUCGGUGGAAGAGCAAGGCGAUUUAAACUGGGGAAUGGUGCUUUGCCUGGCAAUUUCCUGGUUCAUUUGCUAUCUCUGCGUUUGCAAGGGAGUCAAACAGACGGGCAAGGUGGUCUACUUCACUGGCACAUUUCCCAUUCUGAUGCUGAUUGUGCUGCUUUUCCGGGGCAUCACGCUCGAAGGAGCUUGGGACGGAGUGUACUACUACUUGAAUCCUGACAUGGAGCGACUCAAAGAUCCAAAAGUGUGGGUAGAUGCUGGAACUCAGAUUUUCUUUUCAUACGCUUUGUGCAAGGGCCAACUCACCUCUCUGGGCUCCUACAACAAAUUUAACAAAGACAUUUACAAGGACGUCUGGAUUCUUUCAGCUUUUAACUCAGGUACUUCCUUCGUCUCCGGCUUUGCGAUUUUUGCCAUCCUCGGCUUCAUGGCUCAAGAACGAGGUCUCCCGAUUGCGGAAGUUGCCGAAUCCGGACCUGGCCUCGCCUUCAUCGCCUACCCUAGAGCUGUGGCUCUCAUGCCUUGGCCACAAUUCUGGGCAGUUUGCUUCUUCUUCAUGGUUUUGUUGCUUGGCUUGGACUCACAAUUUGUCGGAAUGGAGGCCAUCAUCACUGCCAUUACUGACAUUUACCCGUCUUACCGAAAAGGCCGAAAGCGACAAAUCCUGCUAGUUGGAAUCGUCCUGUUCAGCUUUUGCGUCGGUCUGACAAUGUGCUUCCAGAACGGAAUCUACGUCUUCACCCUAUUUGAUUACUACGGCGCCUCUGGAAUCUGUCUUUUGUGGCUCUGCUUUUCGCAGUGUAUCGCCAUCGGAUGGAUUUACGGAGGAGAGAAGUUUUGGCAAAUGACCACCAAGAUGAUCGGCUACCGCCCCUUUCCGCUUUUCAAAUGGUGCUGGAUGUUCUUUAGUCCCACCCUUAUCAUCGGUCUCCUGUACAUGCUUCUGGCCAAUUUCAAGCCACUUACAUAUCGCAACACGCGCCAGGAUUACUCUUAUCCUUUCUGGUUCGAGUCGAUUGGAUUUUGCCUAGCCGCAUGUUCUGCGCUGCCUGUUCUGGUCUAUGCGCUAAUGAGGUUUUUCCUCGUUGUUUUCAGAGGAACUGGAACUUUCAAAGAGAAUCUUUCGCUUCUGACGAAAUCCAACUUGAAAGAUGACCAUCCUUGCAAAUCGAUCGAAAACGCGGCUCCAGAAGAAAUUCCAUUUUUCAAUUAUUGGCUUGGCGACUGGCUCGGAAACAAACUCAAAUCGCGAUACGAUUUACAAAGAGUUCCAGUCUCAGACGAGCCAGAAGUGAUAAGAUACGGAAAGAACAACAGUGAAUGCUAG